UCGUAUAAAAGCCACCCACCCAGAAACCCUAGUUUCAGACUCCCACAACGCCACCUUUCACCCCCCAGUUCUGCCUGCGCCUGCUGCAGAGAAGCUCUCUUCUUCGUCUUCUUCCCUCUUGGGUUCCAAGAAGACGAGCUUCCUCUGCAGCAGCAGCAUCACCACCACCACCCCACGACACAGUCCUAUCUCGCUUUCUAUACAUACAAAUAAAGAACGGAUAUGGCUCGCUCUCUCGCCUCCUUCUCCAAGUUCGUCCCCGCUUCGAUCGCGGCUGAGCUCUCCACCGCCGUUGCUCGGCGGGGCUUCGCGGCGUCGGCACCGGGCGCGGCGGCUGCCGGGUUCGGUAGGGGAGGGUCCAGGGUAGGCCUCGUGGGGAAAGUGGAGGAGAUGGCCGCAAUGAAGGAGCAGUCCGGUGGGGCCUCAUCGGCGUGGGCGCCGGACCCAGUGACAGGGUACUACAGGCCGGUGAAUCACGCGGCGGAGAUCGAUGCGGCGGAGCUCCGGGCGAUGCUUCUCAAUCACAAAGUCAGGACUCAGUAGAGGGAGGAACGGAGGGCUUGAGAGGAGUUUGGGUUUGCGGUCGUUUUGUGUCGAAACGUUUCUUUCGGUUGUCGUUUCAUGUGUCGUUUUCUCCAUGGUUGAAAGGUGGCAUUAUCCAAAAGUUU